CCAUCAUCAACCCCUAAUACUCUACACCUCACCCCACCGACCACACACACACGGCAUACACACCAGCGGUGUGCUAUGGGCUAUGGUGUAUUAUGUGGGCCCGUUCAUGAGGCCCUCCUCCAUCGCUGCCGCCGAUGCGUCCAAGGCAGGCGGACCUCCACCGGCACUAGCGCCCAUGGCCACGGCACUGCCGCCGCUGCCGCCGCCGCCCAAGACGCCUACACGACCACACACACACACAGAGAGACAGAGAGAGACACAGACAGAGAUGGAAGCACCCCCGACACAACCCUCCCCAGCCUCCCUCCUCACCAGGCUCUCUCAUACUGCUGUCGCUGUCAGACGGGCCGGCUGCUGCUGCUGCUGCUGCUGCUGCCGCAGAUGCAGAGGACGCUUGGUUGUUGUUGUUGUUGUUGUCACCGUCCUCCAAAUUCUCCUGAAAGCGUCACACGUGAAUGACACAAUCGCCGGGUGGGUGUCUUGUUCGUCCGAGGGGAGGAGUCUCACUGGCUCACCCAGCUGCCUUCGACGCAUUUGGCGACCCGCCGGUUGUACUCCCUCCGGUUCUCUGAGAACAGCUGAGCUGCCUCCUGCACACACAUGGACACACACACAUGGUGACGCCCACCCCACCCACAGCCACAAACCAGGCCUGUCUCUGUCGGUCGGUGUGGUUGGGGCUGUCAAGACGGUUUACCACAUUGGCGGGCGAGUUGGGGUUGGGGUCUGACAGGAGCGACUGCAACACACACACACACACACACACACGCAGACGCACUCAUGCAGGGAGGGAUGCACUCGUGUGUGUGUGUGAGGAUGCACUGACCUGGAUGGAUGUGAGGAUGGCCGACACGUCGUAGAUGGGGCUCCACUGGUUCUGCAGUAUGUCCAGGCAGAUCUGCCCGUCCGCAUACACUGCACACACACACACACACACACACACACAGUCAGUGACACACAACACAGCUGCUGGGCGCCGUGCGUUCGCACGCACCGUUAGGAUGGAACAUUUUGGUGGAGAACAUGACUGUCGGCGGUUUGUUUGGGUAGUCCUCGGUGAACUUGAAGUCGAGCUGGAACGUACCCCCCUCCCAAGGCGUGUCCUCGGGCCUUCAACACACAAUGCCCCCCACACACGGCCGUGUGUGCAUCUUUAUCUCCCUCCCCCGCCCGAUCUCUCUCUCUCUCUCUCUCUGUGUGUGUGUGUGUGUGUGCCUGGCGUACCCGAAGAUGACGGCGUGCCAGUGCAUGAUGUCCCCGUCGAGGGGCGCACCCGACACGCCGUGUGGGGGGUCAUUGCUGAUCUUCUUGAAGUCGCGAAUCAAACGCCGCCGCUGAGAUAUAUGUGAGAGAGAGCAACACACACACAACAGAGAGUGGUGGCGAAGGACUGAUGUGUCGGGGGGAGGGAGGGUGGGGUCUUUACAGCGUAUGUCGCCAUCCUCGAUACGCAGAUGCUUCUUGUGCGUACGCUUGACGCCCUCUUGACAAUUUGUGCGGUCGUACACACCCACACAGUCGAGUCGUGUAGACAGACGCCUCUACCAACGCAACGCAACCAACUCUGUGCUAUCAACAGAGGCAACAGACUGACGUGCUCUUAACUGCUGCCAACACACCAAAAC